CACCUGAGCCAGCACCUGCCUCCACCACCAUGUUCAAGGGGCUGAGCAAAGGCGCCCAGGGGAAGGGGUCUCCCAAGGGCUCCCCGGCCAAGGGCUCCCCCAACAAGCACAACCGCGCUGCCACGCAGGAGCUGGCCCUGCUCAUCUCCCGCAUGCAGGCCAACGCCGACCAGGUGGAGCGGGACAUCUUGGAGACACAGAAGAGGCUGCAGCAGGACCGGCUGAACAGUGAGCAGAGCCAGGCCCUGCAGCACCAGCAGGAGGCCGGCCGCAGCCUGAAGGAGGCCGAGGUUCUGCUGAAGGACCUCUUCCUGGACGUGGACAAGGCCCGGCGGCUGAAGCACCCACAGGCCGAGGAGAUCGAGAACGACAUCAAGCAGCUGCACGAGCGGGUGACCCAGGAGUGUGCCGAGUACCGCGCCCUGUACGAGAAGAUGGUGCUGCCGCCCAACGUGGGGCCCAGGGUGGACUGGGCGCGGGUGCUGGAGCAGAAACAGAAGCAGGUGCGCGAGGGGCCCUACGGGCCAGGCAUGGCGGAGCUGGAGCAGCAGAUCGCCGAGCACAACAUCCUGCAGAAGGAGAUCGACGCCUACGGGCAGCAGCUGCGGAACCUCGUGGGGCCGGAUGCGAACUCCAUCCGGAACCAAUACCGGGACCUACUGGUGAGCAGGAGGAAGGGCCGGCUGUUCUGUGGGGUUAACGGGCAGCGGGGGCCCUGGGCUCUGCUUCACACCCACCGACCUCAGUUCCAGGAAGAGGCCGACUCCGUCAGCCAGACCCUGGCAAAGCUCAGCUCCAGCCUGGACACCCAGUACAGCCCUGCCCCUGGGGGGGCCCCAGGCGCCCCCACUGAGCUGCUGCGUCAGCUGGAGGCAGAGGAGAAGAAGCUGGCUGCGGCCGAGAAGACCAUUGGGGACCUGCAGCGGCGGAGCCAGGAGGUGGCCCCCCUGCCGCAGCGCAGGAACCCGCCCCAGCAGCCUCUGCAGGUGGACAGCAUCUGUGACUGGGACACCGGAGAGCCGCUGGAGGACCUGGAGGGCCGCAUGCGAAGCCACCAGGGCACCGCCCAGCAGCUGCUGAGCCUGGGAGCAGAGGAGGAGGCGGCGCAGCGGGAGUGUGAGGCCUUCCUGUCCGCGCGGCCCAUGGGUCCUGCUGCCCUGCACCUGCCCGUGGCCCUCAACAACGUCAAGAACAAGUACAGCGACGUGCAGGCGCUCUGCAACCUCUAUGGGGAGAACAGCUGCGGCGGAUCUUGGGCUGGUGACUUCACCUCUCUGAGGCUGUUUCCUUGCCUUGAAAAUGGGGUAAUCGCAGCCCCUGCUCCCCACGCCCCGCAGGUGGUGCCUGGCAGACCGGGGGGUCCAUCUGUGCAGGCCCGGCUCCAGCACAGGGCCAGUGUCAGGGGACCAGCAUGGUGGUCACUCAGGCCUCCCCCGAGCCCCCCUUCCUGUCCCCAGAGGGCAGCUCUCACCUGCUCCGGCCUCGUCCUCCGCAGGGAGAAGACGGUGCAGGAUGCCGGCCUCACCUACCAGCAGUUUAAGAACUGCAGGGACAACCUGAGCUCCUGGCUGGAGCACCUGCCCCCCAAUCAGAUGCGGCCGAGCGAUGGGCCCAGCCAGAUCGCCUACAAGCUGCAGGCGCAGAAGAGGCUGCUGCAGGAGACCCAGGGCCGGGAGCGGGACAGGGCCGCGGCGUCCCGCCUCUCCCAGGACCUGCAGGAGGCGCUCCAGGACUACGCGCUGCAGGCGGACACCUACCGCUGCUCCCUGGAGCCCAGCCAGGCGGGGUCGGCCCCCAAGAGACCCCGAGUGGCUCCCCUGCAGGAGAGCAUCCAGACCCAGGAGAAGCAGCUGACAGAGGCCUACACGGAGGCGGUGGCCGUGCACCAGGAGCAGCUGCACCAGCUGGAGUUUGCCAGGAGGAUGCUGGAGAAGAAGGAGCUGAGUGAGGACAUCCGGGUGGCCCACGGGGCACAGCAGGGCUCUGAGGGCCCAGCCCAAGCGGGCAGGGAGGCCGAGGCCCUGAAGUCGCAGCUGGAGGAGGAGCGGAAACGGGUGGCCCAGGUGCAGCGAGAGCUGGUGGGGCAGAGGGACCGGCUGCUGCAGCUGCGGACCCAGCGGCCCUUGGAGAGGCUGGAGGAGAAGGAGGUGGUGGAGUUUUACCGGGACCCCCAGCUGGAGAGCAGCCUGUCCCGGGUGAAGUCCCAGGUGGAGGACGAGGGCAGGAAGCGGGCCGGCCUGCAGGCAGACCUGGAGGUGGCGGCCCAGAAGGUCGUCCAGCUGGAGAGCAAGAGGAAGGCCAUGCAGCCUCACCUGCUGACCAAGGAAGUGACCCAGAUCGAGAAGGACCCGGGUCUGGACAGCCAGGCGGCCCAGCUCAGCGGGGAGAUCCAGCAUCUGGGGGCCGAGAACGCCGCCGUCUCCGCCCGGCUGGAGCAGCUCAAGGCGGAGCUGCUGGCCCUGGAGCAGCAGGAGGCGCAGGUGAAGGAGAAGGUCGUGGUGAAGGAAGUGGUCAAGGUGGAGAAGGAUCUGGAAAUGGUGAAGGCAGCCCGGGCCCUGAGGCUGCAGAUAGAGGAGGACGCUGCGCAGAGGAAGAGGGCGGAGCAGGCCGUGGCGGAGCUGCAGGCUCGCAUCGGGGACCUGGAGCGGGCCAUCAGCAGCGUGCAGCCCAAGGUGAUCGUGAAGGAGGCCAAGAAGGUGGAGCAGGACCCAGGCCUUGUCAAGGAGGCGGCCAGGCUGCGGGGCCUCCUCGAGGGGGAGAGGAGUAAGAACGCGGCGCUGGCCAAGGAGCUGAAGGAGCUGCAGGGCAAGUACAGCGCGGAGGCGAAGCAGAAGCCCAAAGUGGAGCUCCAGGAGCGCGUCCGCGAGAUCUUCCAGGUGGACCCGGAGACCGAGCGGGAGAUCGCGCGGCUGCGGGCCGAGCUGCAGGAGACGGCCAGCAAGCGGAGCGGCGUGGAGCAGGAGGUGGAGAGGCUGCUGCCCGACCUGGCCGUGCUGCGGGCCCAGAAGCCCCAGGUGGAGUACAAAGAGGUGACGCAGGAGGUGGUCAAGCACGAGAGGAGCCCCGAGGUGCUGCGGGAGAUCGACCGCCUGAAGGCUCAGCUCAACGAGCUGGUCAACACCAGCGGGCGGGCCCAGGAGCAGCGCAUCCGGCUGCAGGGGGAGCGCGACGAGUGGAAGCGGGAGCGGUCCAAGGUGGAGACCAAGACGGUGAGCAAGGAGGUGGUGCGGCACGAGAAGGACCCGGUCCUGGAGAAGGAGGCCGAGCGGCUCCGCCAGGAGGUGCGGGAGGCGGCGCAGAAGCGGCGGGCCGCCGAGGACCUGGUCUACGAGCUGCAGAACAAGUACCUGCUGCUGGAGAGGAGGCGGCCCGAGGAGAAGGUGGUGGUGCAGGAGGUGGUGGUCACCCAGAAGGACCCCAAGCUCCACGAGGAACACAGCCGGCUGAGCCGGAGCCUGGACGAGGAGGUGGGCCGGCGGCGGCAGCUGGAGCGGGAGGUGCAGCAGCUGCGGGCCGGCGUGGAGGAACAGGAGGGCCUGCUCAGCUUCCAGGAGGACCGCGACAAGAAGCUGGCCGUGGAGAAGGAGCUGCGGCAGCUGAGCCUGCGGAUCCAGGAGCUGGAGCAGCGGCCUCGCGCGGUGCAGGAGAAGAUCAUCAUGGAGGAGGUGGUGCAGCUGGAGAAGGACCCGGCGCUGGAGGAGUCCACGGGAGCCCUGCGGCAGGACCUGGACCAGGAGAAGGCCCGGGUGGCCGAGCUGCACCGGGAGUGCAAGAACCUGCAGGUCCAGAUCGACGUCCUCCAGAAAACCAAGUCGCAGGAGAAGACCAUCUACAAGGAGGUGAUCAGGGUGGAGAAGGACCGGGUGCUGGAGGGCGAGCGGUCCCGCGUGUGGGAGAUGCUCAACAGGGAGCGCGCGGGCCGGAAGGGCCGGGAGGAGACGGUGCAGCGCCUCCGGGAGCGGAUCGACUCAGAGGGCGAGCGGCAGCGGGCCACCCAGCAGGGCCAGGAGCUCGCGCAGCUCAAGGCGGCCAUUCUCCAGGAGAAGGACCAGAUCUACACGAAGGAGAGGACCCUCCGGGACCUGCACAGCCGGGUGAGCCGCGAGGAGCUCAACCAGGAGACCCAGACGCGGGAGACCAACCUUUCCACCAAGAUCUGCAUCUUGGAACCCGAGACGGGCAAGGACCUGUCCCCGUAUGAGGCCUACAAGAGGGGCAUCAUCGACCGCGGCCAGUACCUCCAGCUGCAGGAGCUCGAGUGCGACUGGGAGGAGGUCACCACCUCGGGCCCCUGCGGGGAGGAGUCGGUGCUCCUGGACCGGAAGAGCGGAAAGGAGUACUCCAUCGAGACCGCCCUGCAGUGCCGGCGCAUCUCCAAGGAGGAGUACCACCUCUACCGGGUCGGCAGCCUCCCCAUCUCCGAGUUUGCCCUGCUCGUGGCCGGGGAGACCAAGCCCUGCCCCUCGCUCUCCAUCGGCUCCAUCAUCUCCAAGUCCCCGCUCACCUCCCCCGGCCACCAGAGCGCCAGUUCCUUCUCUCCCGGCUUCUCCUUUGGGCUUGGCGACGACAGCUUCCCCAUCGCCGGCGUCUAUGACACGACCACCGACAACAAGUGCACCAUCAAGACGGCCAUGGCCAAGAACAUGCUGGACCCGAUCACCGGGCAGAAGCUGCUGGAGGCCCAGGCGGCCACGGGGGGCAUCGUGGACCUCCUCAGCCGCGAGCGCUACUCCGUGCACAAGGCCAUGGAGAGGGGGCUCGUUGAGAACACCUCGACGCAGCGGCUGCUCAACGCCCAGAAGGCCUUCACCGGCAUCGAGGACCCCGUCACCAAGAAGAGGCUGUCGGUGGGCGAGGCCAUCCAGAAGGGCUGGAUGCCCCGGGAGAGCGUGUUCCCGCACCUGCUGGUGCAGCACCUGACUGGGGGGCUCAUCGACCCCAAGAGGACGGGCCGCAUCCCCGUCCCGCAGGCCGUGCUGUCCGGCAUGAUCAGCGAAGAGCUGGCCCAGCUCCUGCAGGACGAGUCCAGCUACGAGAAGGAUCUCACCGACCCCAUCUCCAAGGAGCGGCUGAGCUACAAGGAGGCCAUGGGGCGCUGCCGGAAAGACCCCCUGAGCGGCCUGCUGCUCCUGCCCGCGGCGCUGGAGGGGUACCGCUGCUACCGCUCCGCCUCCCCCACUGGGCCCUAUGCGCUGCGCUGAUGGGGUGAAGUCAUGGGAGCGUCUAUGAGGGGGAGGGUAGGCUGCAGGCACCCCGCACCCCAGGGCAGCCUACCCCAGGGAGUGGGUCUUCCCUGAUCCCUGUUCUGUUACUCAGCGUCCACGGUGUUGGGCUCCCUCCCCUGACUUGGUGCCCAAUCCAUCCCAGGCCCCGAGAUCAGCAGAUCUGUUCCUCCCCACCCAGUACUUGCAAUAAACGAAUUCUCCCAGCGUCUCGUUCGUCUUUGGGAGUGCAGAGUGAA